CAACACAACCUCCCUACGGGAGUGCUACUACGACAGCAACUACCAAACCCACGGAGUCGACAACAGAAGCUACUACCGCAGCGCCGACCACGACACCACCAGGGCCUGAUCCAAUCAUGUACCCGUAUGGAACCAAUGCUAAUGACAAACGGGAUACUGAGUAUGGUUAUUAUUGGUAUUCGAAAUGUCCUGAGAUACAGUUAGAUGCGAGAGGCAUGGUAUUUUUUGGAAGACGACACUACAAACUUUAUUACAACACAUUCCAGGCCGUCCUCAUAACAAAUGGUGAGUUCUCCUUCGUCAUGUACAACUAUCCUAAAAAUGGCAUCCAGUGGUCUGUUCCUGCUAAAAGAGAGGAUUAUGGCAGGUACUAUAACUCGAAAGGUCUUCCUGUAGUGGGCUUCAAUGCAGGACACGGGAAUGACAUUUACUACGAUCAUCCACGUUCUGGUGACGUAAUGGUCGUCGACAUCGACCAGAUAGAAGGAUUGAACGUCUUCAAAUCCCCUGACAGCCAAACCAUUCAAGCUACCGGGAAUGGAAUGCAAGGACGAGUAUUCAUUCGUCUUGAAGACUCACGAGGAGAAGAGGACCACAGGCUUAGUUUCAUAAGCAUAGGUACCCCACUGAAUACCAGAAUGAUGAUAAACAGGCAUAUGACAACUGCUGUAUCAAAAGUAACAKGUGCUGGAUGUACCAAGAAGCACGGCCAUCAGACACGUGUUCACGUUACAUCCCUCCGAGAUGGAGUUGGUUUUGGGGCGACCCUCACUUCGUCACACUGGACAGCAAGAACUACACGUUCAACGGUCUUGGAGAGUACGUCAUGCUGGAUGCAAAAGAUGGUUACUUUCAGCUACAAGCCCGAACGAGACUUGCUAAAGGAAAUGGCACUGCUACCGUGUUUAGUGGAGCUGUAGCCAAAGAGAACAAUUCUGUUCCAGUUCAAGUUACCUUGCCGUAUGAUAAUGAAACGAUGGAAGUCCUCGUAGAUGGAAAACCUUUUAAUUUCAAAAGCCUGACCAAUGAAUCUCAAGAUCUCGAUAACGGUUCUGUUACGGUCUCCAAGCCURAGAAACAAUGCUUGGAGAUGAGCUUCCCUUCAGGAAUGUCGGUAACAAUAUGCGAAAAACAGAACAUACUUUCCAUCGUCACUGCUGCUCCAGAGUCGUUYAAGAACAAGACAAAAGGUCUUCUUGGAACUUGGAAUGGAAAUCCAGAGGAUGAUUUUACUUUACCURAUGGAACAGUACUCCCACAUAAUAUGAGGGGCAGAGAUAUUCACUAUAAAUAUGGAAUGGCUUGGCAAGUUACCAACGAAACCUCGCUAUUUACGUACAAAGAAGGUGAAAGCUCCGACACGUUUCUCAAUAAAACGUUCCGUCCAAUGUUUUUAGAAGAAUUAAAGUUUUACAAUUAUUCGCUGAGAAUAGAGGCAGAAACGAAAUGUCAAGGUGACGCAAGUUGUUUGUUUGAUGCGGCAUCGACUGGAGACGUAGAGAUAGGACUGAGUACCAAGCAGCUGGGAUCACAACUCGUCAAUGACUCCAAGAAAAUGAGCAACGACCCGCCUAAGAUCAGCAACAGUUCCUCAGUAAUAGAACUUACAGUCAAUACAACAGCUACUGUGAUUGUGGAGGUGACUGAUGCCAACGAUGAUUCGAUUACGUUGAAUGUCACUGGUUUACCUGCUGACGSACAAGUGAGACACUCAAACACAUCUUAUUGGAACAUCAAUUGGCAAGUUACCACAAAAAAGCUUGACCUUCAGUUUAUCGCAUCAGAUGGUGAAUCUGUAUCCGCUUUAAUACCAAAAAUUUACCUCUGCGCAUGUCACCACGGAGGACACUGUGAAAAGCCAAGCAAGAUCACUGGCGCAGACUCGGGGGAAGAGAAGUUUAUCGAGAAUGCUUGCAACUGCGUGGAUGGAUACACGGGGAAGUAUUGUGAGACUGAUAUCGAUGCGUGUGAAGCAAAUCUAAACCCUUGUUAUCCUGGAGUAGAUUGCAUUGACUUGCCKCCUCCAGCUAACGUGACUGAUGGCUACGAAUGCGCUCCUUGCCCCGAUGGAUACACAGGAAAUGGAGCCUCUUGUAAAGACAUUGAUGAGUGUGGAGAUGAUAAUGAAGACUGUGACCAGCUUUGUCUCAACAAACCAGGGUCUUACGAAUGUUCUUGCAAAAGCGGAUAUCAGCUCCAGGCAGACRAGAAAACCUGUCAAGACAUAGACGAGUGUGUUCCGGCAAGCGACUGCAUGCACAAAUGUACAAACRCUCCAGGAAGUUACAAUUGUUCUUGCAACGACAACUUCAAAGUUGACCCAGGAAACCCAAAGCUUUGUGUUCCUACGAAUCCCUGCCAAAAGGAUGAGCRUCAGUGCACACAAGUUUGUUACAAAUUAUCGGAUAAUCAACAGAAAUGUUCGUGCUACAAAGGAUAUGAACUGAAGGAUGACGAGAUAACAUGUCAAGACGUGGACGAGUGUGCCACUAAGAACCSCUGUAACCAAAGGUGCCACAACACGAAAGGCGACUACUAUUGUUCAUGUCUUCAAGGAUUUAGACUCUCUUCUAACAACAAAACUUGCAUUGAUAUCAAUGAAUGCAUGGAGUGGACGUUCAACUGCUCAGACCCUUCACUGAAAUGUGUGAACACAGAUGGGUCGUACAAAUGCGAGUGCGAAGAAGGACUCUACUGGAAUGUCACGCUCAACAAGUGUAUAGGUCUUAAGAAAGGACAAAAGCCUCCUCCACCUCCUCCGGCCCCAAAACCGAAGAAACCAGACCAGAAUGAGACGAUGAACGCUGUCAACAUCACUGUUAAGAACUUCAAUGCUUCCAAGUGGAAUAAGCCAAAAGAAGAGAAAUUCAAAAAUGCCAUAGCAAAAGCUAUCACAACAUAUUGUAAUGAAGAAGGAAACCUGUGCUCUAGUCCAGUAAAGCGAGCAAGGCGUUCCACAGAGUUCAUCACUUGGACCCAAGACAAUAUUCAUCUGAUGCCUGGUUUUCCAAUUCAAAUCAAUUCAGAGAAAUUCCCAGCUUCCUCUCUAGUUGCUCGCAUUGCUUUUUACAUCAAUUUUCCCCGAGCAGUCAUGCUACAGACCGGCAUUACUGURAACAGUGAAAUUGUGCUCAAGAUCUUGAACGCCUCUCGAGAUGACAUCGAGAAGGCUCUUAACGCAUCCAUUAUUGACUUUUCAMUAUAUAAAGAAAAGCCGAGAGAAGAGGAAAACACGAAAAAGGAGAAAGACAUGUUGCCUAUUAUCUAUUAUCAUCGGAGCUGCUGUUGGGGGAACUGUCUUCAUUCUGUUGAUAAUCUUUGUCGCAGUAAUUUGCUAUAAGCGGAGUAAAAGAAAAGUGUUCCUCCAACCUCCAGAAGACAUUCAAAUGAGGGAAGCUAGCUCAAGCGCAGCAGUAUUAAACGAAGCAUUUAACGAACAACAGUAUUUCAACCAGCGUCUCCGAGCCCAACCCGUCCACUUCUUGAGGGAGUGAAAUAAGAACCAAAAAGAUGCCAUUGAUAGACGGUGUGGGUAAAAGUAGCAAAGUCAAAUUAAGAAUGUGUGCAAAAAACGAAAGAUGAGAGUCAGUAGAAAUAGGAGUACGUCCCGACCGUCCUUAUAGCCAUAUAACAAACACAUUGUCUUGUAUCAGAGUAUCUGUUCAGUAAGCUAUCACCAUAAUAUGCGAUGAACAAGAGUGAAAAUAUUGAUGACCUAASAAAAGAUUAUCGAGAAGUAUGCUGCUGGUGAUGCUCGCUGGAAGACAUCARAUUCGGAAUGAAAAAUACUUCAUAGGCAUCCAAAAAAAAAGGUGCAGUGUGUCAAUAGUACAUCAAAUUAAUGUAUGUAACCAUUUAUAUAAUAUUUUAUACUGUCAGUCAAGACCUUCAAAAGUUGAUCGACCACACAGAUGUGGCUUUUGUGAAACUAUUAACCAAGGUCUACGUCUUCGUACUUUUAUAGCGUUAGGUUUAACAGCGUUAGGUGCAGUGUGUCAAUAGUAUAACAAAUUAAUGUAUAUGUAACCAUUUAUAAUAAUUUAUACUGUCAGUCAAGACCUUCAAAAGUUUAUCGACCACACAGAUGUGGCUUUUGUGAAGCUAUUAACCAAGGUUACGUCUUUUAUAGCGUUAGAUUUAACAAGGAAUUUUUCAUAAAGAAGAAGGGAGGGGUGGGUGGUUAUUAAGCAACGUGUCGUCAUUUAUAGAAGAUCAGAGGCGGAUCGAGGGAUCAUUUUAAAAAAGGGAAUAUUAAAAYAUUUAUCAAGAUAAACUUUCACGUUUACAAAAAGCUCUCAAAUAUAAUUUCAGUAAAUUUGAGAUGCCAAUAUUUCACUAUUUUUAUUUUCCCGCCUUUUCUGGGCUUCCUGUGGUAUUGGCCGGGUGUCCUGUAACGUCACUUCCUUUCAAAAAUCCUGUAUCCGCCCCUGAAGAUGUAUUUAUYCUAGUCUUUUAAAAUUGUUUAGACAAAAAAGCGUUAUGAAAGUUUUGUAUUAARGAGGUAAAAUAGUCGUUAAGUUAUGAAAUAACAGUAUGAUAAAUACUUUGUAUUUUAUAAGUAGUGUUUAAACACAGGUCAGUAUGUUCUGUAAUUUGUUUAGGUGUACGAGUGUUUGUAUACAUCAAUUUCAAAAAAGAUUGUCGGCGCAAAAAGGGAUAGGCGAUAAGCAAUAAAAAUAUGGUAAUUUAAGAACCAAGAAUAGCUGGAAUGACUAGUGUUUCUUCUUCCUAUAUAUUUAGAGUUUUUUGAAGUCGACAUAGUUUCGACUAUUCGUGUUAAGAUGCAUGCCCAUACUUGCUUUCGGUUAGAAUGACCAAUCACCUAACUSCUUUGACGCCGAAAAUCUUUCUUGAAAUACUUGGAGUUUGUGAAAUCGUCAAGAUAUUACACGUCCUAUGAUUGGCUUAWAACCACUGCCUUAAUUUUUGCAAGAAAUAAAAAGUAUAUGUGAUUUAGUAAGUAAGUAAUUUUGCAAGUAGGUGUAUUAUAGGAAUAUAGAUUUUAACUUAUAAUUGAUAGUUUUAAAUUAUUGUAUUUUUGUAGCGYUCGAAAAAUAGUUUCACAGAAAUUUAUGUUCUUCAAAGAAAUAAAUUUUAUAGUUCGUUCAAAGUUUAAAUAUAGCAUUACCAUGGUCAAUGGCAAAAAUGAAAUAAAAUUUCACUGUGUAAAAGA